AUGCAGGAACCACCGCUGGAGGAACCACUGCUAGAGGAACCACCGCUGGAGGAACCACUGCUAGAGGAACCACCGCUGGAGGAACCACUGCUAGAGGAACCACCGCUGGAGGAACCACUGCUAGAGGAACCACCGCUGGAGGAACCACUGCUAGAGGAACCACCGCUGGAGGAACCACUGCUAGAGGAACCACCGCUGGAGGAACCACUGCUAGAGGAACCACCGCUGGAGGAACCACUGCUAGAGGAACCACCGCUGGAGGAACCACUGCUAGAGGAACCACCGCUGGAGGAACCACUGCUAGAGGAACCACCGCUGGAGGAACCACUGCUAGAGGAACCACCGCUGGAGGAACCACUGCUAGAGGAACCACCGCUGGAGGAACCACUGCUAGAGGAACCACCGCUGGAGGAACCACUGCUAGAGGAACCACCGCUGGAGGAACCACUGCUAGAGGAACCACCGCUGGAGGAACCACUGCUAGAGGAACCACCGCUGGAGGAACCACUGCUAGAGGAACCACCGCUGGAGGAACCACUGCUAGAGGAACCACCGCUGGAGGAACCACUGCUAGAGGAACCACCGCUGGAGGAACCACUGCUAGAGGAACCACCGCUGGAGGAACCACUGCUAGAGGAACCACCGCUGGAGGAACCACUGCUAGAGGAACCACCGCUGGAGGAACCACUGCUAGAGGAACCACCGCUGGAGGAACCACUGCUAGAGGAACCACCGCUGGAGGAACCACUGCUAGAGGAACCACCGCUGGAGGAACCACUGCUAGAGGAACCACCGCUGGAGGAACCACUGCUAGAGGAACCACCGCUGGAGGAACCACUGCUAGAGGAACCACCGCUGGAGGAACCACUGCUAGAGGAACCACCGCUGGAGGAACCACUGCUAGAGGAACCACCGCUGGAGGAACCACUGCUAGAGGAACCACCGCUGGAGGAACCACUGCUAGAGGAACCACCGCUGGAGGAACCACUGCUAGAGGAACCACCGCUGGAGGAACCACUGCUAGAGGAACCACCGCUGGAGGAACCACUGCUAGAGGAACCACCGCUGGAGGAACCACUGCUAGAGGAACCACCGCUGGAGGAACCACUGCUAGAGGAACCACCGCUGGAGGAACCACUGCUAGAGGAACCACCGCUGGAGGAACCACUGCUAGAGGAACCACCGCUGGAGGAACCACUGCUAGAGGAACCACCGCUGGAGGAACCACUGCUAGAGGAACCACCGCUGGAGGAACCACUGCUAGAGGAACCACCGCUGGAGGAACCACUGCUAGAGGAACCACCGCUGGAGGAACCACUGCUAGAGGAACCACCGCUGGAGGAACCACUGCUAGAGGAACCACCGCUGGAGGAACCACUGCUAGAGGAACCACCGCUGGAGGAACCACUGCUAGAGGAACCACCGCUGGAGGAACCACUGCUAGAGGAACCACCGCUGGAGGAACCACUGCUAGAGGAACCACCCCACUGCUAG